UUUACAUUCCUACCGGCGGUGACAUAGUCGGACGCAUUUAGCGGUUGAACCAAGCUUACUUCCGGUUGUCAUUCAACGGGACCAGCAACGUGACAGUCUGACAGACAGACAGACAGACAGACAGACAGACUGCUUCUCCUCAGCUCUUUAACCGCAGGAGCUGAAUAUUGUAACCAGACAUCAUGACACUGUUUCACUUCGGGAACUGCUUUGCCCUGGCCUAUUUCCCUUACUUUAUAACAUACAAGUGCAGCGGCCUUUCAGAGUACAACGCCUUCUGGAGAUGUGUCCAGGCUGGAGCCACCUACCUGUUUGUCCAACUCUGUAAGAUGCUGUUCCUAGCUACAUUUUUCCCCACAUGGGAAGGAGGAGCUGGAGUUUAUGACUUUGUAGGGGAAUUUAUGAAAGCGACCGUGGACCUGGCAGACCUGUUGGGUCUCCAUCUUGUGAUGUCUCGUAAUGCUGGUAAAGGGGAGUACAAGAUCAUGGUGGCUGCCAUGGGCUGGGCGACAGCAGAGCUUGUGAUGUCCAGGUGUCUUCCUCUGUGGGUGGGAGCCAGAGGGAUCGAGUUUGAUUGGAAGUACAUCCAGAUGAGCUUUGACUCUAACAUCAGUUUGAUCCAUUAUAUCGCCAUGGCAGCAGUGGUGUGGAUGUUCACACGAUACGACCUUCCUAAGAGCUUCAGGCUUCCUGUUACUGUGCUGCUGGCUCUCUGUGUCUACAAGGCCUUCUUAAUGGAGUUGUUUGUCCACGUCUUCCUGUUGGGCAGUUGGACGGUGCUUUUGGUGAAAGCCGUGCUGACUGGUGCCAUCUCUCUCUGCUCGCUGUUUCUCUUCGUCACUCUGGUCCACAGCAACUAAGUAGAACUAAAACACCCCAGGGUUAAACCUUCAUCAGUCCUUUUGGGCCCGACUGGACCCGGGUUGUCAUAAAUCAGAAGCGGACUCCUGAUACCUUUCCAAUCUGAGUAUCACCAUAUAUACAUACGACACCAGAGACUACUGAAACGUACUUGUUGAAUUUGUGCAGCCGGACUGGUCUGAUGUACAAACAAGGCAGAGCUACUAACUGGUAAAUUAACCAGUUCUUCCAGUUUGUUUUGAUCAGUCUGUGCAGACGGUGGAUAUAAACAUGCACUGAAGCUUUGUUUGCUCUCAGUCCACCAGUUUAAAGGUCGAGUGGUGACAUCAGGACGCUUCCGUGAUAUGAUUGGCUGAAAGCUGUGUUGGUUUUGUUAGAACGACCAGAACGACCACAAAUGAGUUGAGACUUUCUAACUUCAUUCUUUUCUAUGUGUUCUGUCCAAUGAGCCAACUAUUUAAUGCUUGGAUUAAAUAGUGAAGUGCAUUGAUAACAAAUGAAUGACUGAUAGUUGAUCGUGUGGCCACCAAUUUAUCAAUUUAUUUAUAUACAAGUAAAUAUUACGAGUAGUGAAAAUGUAGUUGUAGCAAGAUUUUUCUAAUUCUUGAAGAAAUUUAAUUGAAGAUUUAACUCAAGUAAACAGUCCCGCAGUAUGAAUAAGCGGAGGUCCGCUCAGCAUUCUUACCACGUCACGUUGAAUUGUACGCAUCUGUGAUUCUGACAUUAAAGUAAUAAAUAUGUUUUUGUCUUA